UAAAGUAAAUCUGUGCUCGCCCGCCUGGCCACACUAGACAUUUUCUGAAAGUUUACAUGACUGACCGCUUCUCACGCGCUCGUGGAUUAGCCUACACCCGGCCAUUCUCCAUUCAUAUCUAACCUUUGACCUAUCAAGGCUGGAUUUGUGUGGUCACCCUUCUGGAGCAGAACCACUGUCACCACAGUCACAGCCGUGCUGCCAUUGGACACUGCUCUCACUGCCCAAGCACCUAGACACCGGCCAGUGCUUCUUUGAGACUCCCGCAGAUAGCUGACUUUGAGAUGGAGAGCAGCAACAUGUCGCGUUUACCUCUACUUCUACUCUGCCUUGCCAUCGCCACUACAGCAUCCCAGCAGACCUGUGCGCCAGUGGCGGUCCCUGAAAACCAGAAUGCCUGGAUCAGGUUGAGAGAGAUGCUUCCAGGCUGCUGGACCAACUACACCACUCAGGACGGCAAAGAAGUUCACAUCCUCAGCCUGCAUUACACUACUGAGACUCCCAACAUGUUUACACUGAAUAUGACCGCUGCCAAGCCAAUGCACCUCAUCAUCACCACAGACUCAAAGCAGAUCAUAUACACUGAUGCCCAUGCUAACACGGAUGUCAGCAUUUACGUGGCAAAUGACUCCAAUAUGCAAAUCAUGGGUACAAUUGUGAACGUCCAGAAAAAAGCCUUUCCCACAGACAAUAAAGAUAUAGUGAGGUGGGCCGCCGAGAAGUUUGGUGGGGUGACGUCCUUCACCACCAUCCAGAACCCGAUGAGCAUCGCUUCCACAGGGAGAGAGGGAACAAGACUCCUUCCAACUGGCUCCAACAACUGUACUCUUGAAAACGAAUGGCAUGCGCUCAAGCACUAUCUGAAGUUAGAAUCAAACAUGCGUUUGCUCAAAUCCUGCUCGAACCAGCUUCCCCACAGCCACACUGAGAAAGAACUGUACAUCGUCAACAUCCCUGAGGAUGUCAGCAUUCGCCUUGUCUCUGUGCACGUCAUCAGUGAGAGGCAGAUCAGUCUGUUCCUAAGAGGACCUCAGGGUACCGUGUGGAGCAUCCAUGACCCAAAGCACACCAGCUUCAGUUCCAACAAUGUGAUCCUGCUUGCUGCCACCAGCAUGAUGCAUAAGAUCCCUCCCACUAUCACCAUCUCCACAGACAGUGCUGAUGCUGUACAGAAGACGGCCUUGGACCAUUUCAGAGCCAGUACCAUCACCAGCUACUCUGAGAUCCGAACCGAGGGCACCAUGGUCACACUGGUCCUAGGGAAUAAGGACCACACUUCAGUCACAGAGGCUGCACCAACCGAGACAACCCCAUCGCCCCCCAGCCCCCCUCAGAUGCCUCUACUCAUGCAACUGUACACCUCUCCAGACUACCGCUCCCCUCUGGACCCCAACACCAAGGUGCAGAGCGACAAGAGGAUCUACGCAGAGAUCUCAGGGCGGACACUGGGGGAGAUUGUCCUGACCAUCAAGGUGAUCAACUGCUCGGUGCGCUCCAAGGGUUCUUGCCCGGUGGUGAGGGACAUGCCCUUCAGGCCAGAGGUAUGCUCCUCCACCGUGUGCCCCAACAGUACCAGGGUUAGCUUCUCCUUAGAGCUGCUCCAAGACCUGGCCUCCACUAGCUGGGACCUGGAGUGCUCCGUCAAACUCUGCUUCAGCGAGAAAUGUGGAGAUGGAGGAAGAGUGAAGAGGAACUUGGAGGUCACCCAGACAUACAUCCCACCACCAAUGGCGUGUAUUGACUUUGGUCUGUCAGCCGUGCUGGGCAUUGCCUUUGGAGGUUUCCUGAUCGGAGUUCUGCUCAUUGGAGCUCUGUGGGUCAUCAAGAUCCGCACAGGAUACCCCACCGGACUGGAUGUAGGGUCGACUACUGCAAACCUCUCGAAAUGUCCUUGCUCUCUGACCAGCAAACGGCAACCUGUCUCCAACAACCCCUCCCCCUCUGAGAACAGUAGUGCCAACGCCAGCAUUGGCAGCACUCAGAGCACGCCAACAAGCAGCAUGGCAUGACAUCAUCACCACCACCGUCUCCCCUCUCCGUCACACUGAGGGGGCUCCAUGCUAUUUGGUCGCUCUUUCACAAUGCUUAAGAAAGCAUUACCCCCUCUCUUUAGUCACACCACAUCACGCAUCCUUUCUCACCAACCUGAGGGGGGUUAGGUCGGGGGGGGGGGGGGCAGCUGUAGUCUAGUCUAGGCUCCUAACACCCUCCUCUCCGUCCUCCCAGCAAACGUUCCAGACUGGAAGUCAGAGAGGGUGGAAAAAAAAGGCCCUGGCUCCCAGCAACAGGAAAAACAAAGCAUAUCCCCAAGAACUAACAGGAAAUUCAAUGCAUUCUUCCUCUCUGAUGGCGGCACAAUAAGAAUCAGUCAGGGGGGGGGGGGGGGGGGGGACGACAAAAGAUUGACUUUAAAAACAUUAUUAGAUAAACUGUUUUGGCUCUCAACAUCCACAAUUGUUGUGAUAGGAAAUGUCAAGGCCCCUUUUUCCAGGCAAUUUAGAGAUAGAUUCUGGACUGACAUCCGUUCUUUGACGUUGACUGUAGUUUGAAUUAAAAUUUGUAUUACUGUAUAUGGGUGGCUGGAAGACACCAUGUCAGAUUUAAAGAUUUCAGACAGUAAAAAGCUAUAAUAUCACAUGUUCUCUUCCAACAACAAGGGGAAUCUGUCUUCAUGGGAUUUAGGAAAGAUUGGGAAAAGGCUACCUCUUAAUUUAUGUAGAUAUCGGAUUGUUAAGCAUAAGCUUGACAAUGGCUUCUUCUGGUGAGCUAGUGUGAGAUAAAUAAAAACUAUUUUCUCUUUCAUUCCAUUUCACUUGAGUUACAUCAUAUUGUUUUGCUCAGAGCCAUGUCUUACAUACAAGCAGAAUUUAUAGCAAAACAUUUCUUGCAAGUCAAAUGUUGCACUAUGUAUGCAAAAGUAUGUGGACACCCUUUCAAAUUAGUGGAUUCGGCCAUUUCAGGUGUAUAAAAUUGAGCACACAGCCAUGCAACCUCCAUAGACAAACAUUGGCAGUAGAAUAGCCUUACUGAAGAGCUCAGCGACUUUCAACAUGGUACCGUCAUAGGAUGCCACCUUUCCAACAAGUCAGCUUGUCAAAUUUCUGCCCUGGUCAACUAAGUGCUGUUAUUGUGAAGUGAAAACGUCAAGGACCAACAACUGCUCAGCCGCGAAGUAGUACACCACACAAGCUCACAGAACCGGACCGCCGAGUGCUGAAGUGCGUAGCACGUUAAAAUUGUCUGUCCUCGGUUGCAACACUCACUACAGAGUUCCAAACUGCCUCUGGAAAUAACGUCAGCACAAUAACUGUUUGUCUGGAGCUUCAUGAAUAGUUUGUUGGGAGCUUCAUGAAAUGGCAGAGCAACCGCACACAAGUCUAAACUCACCAUGUGCCAUGUCAAGCAUCGGAUUGAGUGGUGUACAGCUCGCCGCCAUAGGACUCUGGAGCAGUGGAAAUGCUCAGUGGAAACGAUCAAUUGGAACACCGACUGCGAGCCAGGCCUAAAUCGCCCAACAUCAGUGUCCGACCUCACGAAUGCUUUUGUGGCUGAAUGGAAAUAAGUCCCCACAGCAAUGUUCCAACAUCUAGUGAAAAGCCUUCCCAGAUGAGUGGAUUAUGUUAUAGCAGCAAAGGGGGGGCCAACUCCAUAUUAAUACCCAUAAAUUUGGAAUGAGAUGUUAAAUGAGCAGGUGUCCACAUACUUUUGGUCAUGUAGUGUAUAUGAGCCUUAGCAAAUGAGUUGGUUUUAUAGUAAUUGUUAAAAAUAUAAUAUUUAUCUGAAAUUGUAUUAUGUCUAGAUAAACAUUUCACUUUCCUCAAUGAAGACCAAAGUCAACACCAAAGCAAAAGUUGUUACCAAAUAAAUUGAGCUACAUUAUUAAGAUGGAAAAAAAGAUUCAAAAUCAAAAUGAUUGAACUCAGGAAAAACUGUGGCAUUAUUGUAAUUUAGCGUGAAAUUAUUUAUGUCAAGUGCCAAGGAAAAUGGAAAUCAGAUUGAAUUGUAAGUGCAAACCUGUUCUAAGUGUACAAAUGUAAAUGUAUUUUGAUUGUAUUGCCUUUUUUUUAAAACCUAUUUUAAAUUGCUCUCACAAUACAAAGUAAAGCCUUGUGGUUAUGACCUGCUGGGUAUAAAGACGUUCCCUUCAAACAUUCCAUCCAGCCGUAUCUCCUAAAGAAACAGCAAUACUGUACCUUAAGUAUACAGUAUAUCAUUUAAAAUGUUAUUGUAAUGAUUGUACUAGUUAUUUUAUAGUUCAGUAUGCCAAUGUACAGCGACACAGAGUCUAAUCUAUAUUUGUUAAGCAGUUAAUAAUUGAUUCGUAAUUCAUUUGUUUUGAUACCAUCACCAAAAGCAGCGAUCUUAAAACCAAGUGAGCUUCCUCAACCCAGCACUGUGUUUUUAAUGCCCCAAUGUGUUUUUUACAUUUUAUUUUUAAAAUGAUGUAGCUAAUAAUGCGUUGUGUGCGUGUUUCUGUGCAUAUGCACGAGUGAGUGCAUGCAUGCAAGUGUGCGUGUGUGUGUGUGUGUGUGUGUGAAUGUACUCUAAGAUGUGUACACUCAGAGGAAAACAUUAUAAAUUGCCACUUGAGUAUUUGCGUAAUAUGAGGAGUAAAUUCUAUAUGUAAUGUCCAUACAGUUUAUAUUGUAGGAGUGUUGUUUCUUAUAUUCUUAUUUUAUAAAUUCCAUAGCUUCUGUGUUAUUCUCCAUAUGUUCCAAAGAACUUGGACUAUUCCCUAUUACAAAAUGCAGUUUUUUAAAACUUGUAGUCAUUUGUAACCAGAUGGCCAUAGAUUUAUACUUUCUAUAUUCCAGUUUAAAUCGUAUGAUUGGUUUUGUUAUUAAUUUCUAUAAACAUCAUUAAAACAACCAUCAAGUCGCUAAAGCCAAACUCCAGAGCCCACAUUACUGGUGUUAUGUAAACAGUUAUUGUUGCUCUAACUUACUCCAUUCAACUUUAAUCUCACCCUAAACCCCCUGCCAUACAAUAACAAAAGCUAAUCUUCUCUGAUUCAAGAUACUCUGUACUGGUGUGAUAGGCUGAUGCAUUCCAUUUGUAAUACUGUGGACCAGCAGCACUUAAUUUCUUUGUUUGGGGGUACAGAAAUGAACCUCAUCCACCACCGAUAUGCAGCACCCACCUGAUGCACAGCAGCCAUUGUGUGCCAAAAACUUAACACAUGACAGUCAGUGAAUGAGUGGCAUCCCCUUGAGCUGAACCUCCAAACAGGCAAGCAACAGUGGAUUGAGGGAGAGUUGUAGUAUCAGACAGUCAGUGACAGCUAGGCUCUUUGUGAAUACUGACAGAACACAGGGUAAAUCAGAUGAGCCGUCAGUUAAUCCAGUCGUUAACCCAGCAGAUUCCUGCAUGACCUCUGGCUCUGACUACUUCUGCUCAGAGAUGCACACGCACCAAGCAAUCUUCCACACUCUGCACGUUUCCCUGUACUCACAAUGAUAGACAGAUGGUGUAUGUGUGUUUAAGACCGUGUACGUGCAUUUGAGAGUGUGUGUCUAUUGGGAAGGUGUCUUUAUUUCAAUACAGAAAGGAGAGGGAAUCUUUAUUAUUGAGUGAUCAACUCAACGCAGCUCUCAAGAUGGGAUGCUCCCAAAUAAGCAAGGUCUACGUGGUGGAGCAAAAUGUCAUCCAGUAUUUCUGUGAUCACAUGCAAUGGUAGUCACUCAAACAAGCUGAUUACAUUUGGAGUUUUAUGACAUAAUAUGCUACUGCUCUCCACAGCAUUUCUGCCCUGAAUUUAGCAAGCACUAUCAGUGGAAAAAAGUUGUGAUACACUACUUUCUGCAAAUGGUCAGUGUGAGCCGGAGUGACUUGACACAACGCAAGCCAAACAAGUUGUACAAACAAAACGGAAAUAAAGGGGUUUUAGUCUGCCAUGAAGCGUUCAUCCAUGUGUACGGUUAAGAGUCUAGCUACAUUUUCAGCUAUUGUACAUUUCAAAUUGUUUUUGUCUGUCAGAAAUGUGUUUUCAUUGCAAGUUAAAGCAUACUGUUAGCUAGCUAGUGAACGUUAGCUUGCUGGCAAACGUUGCGUGUGUGAACUGUGUAGUAAUAUUAUUCCUAUCUCAGAAACCAUUUGCAUUGCUAGUUAUAGCCUGAAGUUAGCUAGCUAGCUAACAUUGAACCUAGUUGGUUAGCUUUAGCUACCUGCAGAUUCAAACUGCAUCAUUUCAUGCAUGGUUGCUGGCUAUGACAAUCAGUUUGUAUUGCUAGUAGAUAAAGUUCAGUUUUACCUGGAGUGUUUUAGUUUAGGCUACUACCUUACUCACUCUGUUUAGCACAUGGCCUUACAUGUGAAUCCUUAAAUUGAUGGCUGGGUCUAAGGCUUAAGAGGGUGUGAAUGAUGCUAAAUAGUUGUAAUCAAAGAAGAGCUCUCCUGUAGAAUUAUCAAAACAUUCAAGAGCCAUUUUCUCAAAAGUGUGGUUACUAGUUUAUCAACUUGCAAAUAAUGACUUUCCCAUUGUUCCUCAACCAUGUUGUAUGAUUUUCAAUUUUGUACAUCUGAGUCUCUGCUUUUAUUCAAUGUUGUAAAAAACACAAUUUCAAAUGUUGCUACAAAAGAUCGAAUCGAUUGGUCACAUAUUUUGUAACUAAAAGAGAGAGGAAGAAUAAAGUGGCCGAGUACUGUAUCUAAACCGUAGUUAACCAUUAAGUCACCCCCCCCACACACACAGUUCCCUCCACAGGAAUUUUAUUCACAGGAAUACCUUUUUAUGUUAUCUAUUUUUUUCUGAAAUGAAAGCAACAACAUAAAGUCCUUUUCCUCAUAGUGAUCUGUACUGGGCUGCUGUGUUAGAAAUAAGGCCUUAGAUAACGGAGCUUGGAUGCACCUGUGUUUAAUGUGUCUCUCUACACAGAAUGUCACCCCUCAGGAUUGUUAACUUUGUUAGAGUCUGUCAUCUUAACAAAAUGGCUGCUCCAAAUAUAUAUUUUUUAAAUGCGUUGUUCUCGUGGCACAGGGAAUUCCAUCUUUCCUUUUAUGGCGCAUUGACCAAACUAAAAUUAUACAUUAUAUAUUUGUAUGUUGUCUUUUGAAAAAUGUAUAUUUUAUUUGUGUAUCAAACGUCUUAAUAAAAUGAAUAAACCAAA